CCUGUGCACGCUCCCAUUUCUCCUGUGCAUUUUGGGGAAGAGUGUGUGUGACUGUCUUUGUGACCUACCGUGGAGAGAGAGAGAGAGACUACCUGAGGAUGAAGCUGGUGUUUGUUGCUACGUUUGCUCUCUUUGCUCUCAGCUCUGUGAAUAGAGUGGAUUCUUCAGCCUACGACAAGAUAGUGACACACAGCCGCAUCCGGGCCAGAAUCCAGGGACCCAAUGUGUGUGCCCUACAGCAGGUGAUGGGCACUAAGAAGAAGUACUUCAGUACGUGUAGGAACUGGUACAAGGGCUCCAUCUGUGGGAAGAAGGCGGUGGUUCUGUAUGAGUGUUGUCCUGGCUACAUGAAGCUGGAAGGCAUGAAAGGAUGUCCUGCAGUGGCUCCUAUAGACCAUGUGUAUGGCACAUUGGGCCUGGUGAAGGCUAGUACCACACAGGAGUAUUCUGAUCUUUCUAAGCUGAGGGAGGAGAUCGAAGGGAAGGGAUCAUUCACCAUGUUCACCCCGAGCAACGAAGCCUGGGACCUGCUGGAACCUGAGGUGCGUAGUGCCUUGGUGAGCAAUGUGAACGUCGAGCUGUACAACGCCCUGCACUACCACAUGGUCAACCGGCGCAUGCUAACGAAAGAUCUGAAGAACGACAAGUAUAUCACCUCCAUGUACAACAACAUGGGACUCUACAUCAAUCACUACUCCAAUGGGAUCGUCACAGUGAACUGUGCCAGGAUUAUCCAUGGUAACCAGGUGGCGACCAAUGGGGUGGUCCAUGUCAUCGACCGUGUCAUCACCGUAGUUAACACCCUACCAAGCCUAUCCUGGAUGAUGCCUCUGUCCUUCAGCGCUGUAGCCUUGGCCUCAGGGGUGAUGGAUAAAAUGGGCCAGCCAGGUCACUUCACCCUGUUUGCUCCCACCAACGAGGCCAUGGAGAACCUCGGGGCCAGCUUCCUGGAACGCAUCAUGGGAGACAAGGAAGUCAUCGGAGCCCUGGUGAACUACCACCUGUUAAACAGUGUGCAGUGCUCUGAGGCCAUCAUGGCUGGGUCUGUGUACGAGACAGUGGAGGGCAGCACCAUUGAGAUCGGCUGUGACGGAGACAGCCUGACGGUCAACGGGAUCAAGAUGGUCCUGAAAAAAGACAUUGUCACCUCCAACGGAGUCAUCCACCUCAUCGACAAGGUCCUCAUACCUGACUCAGCCAAGGAGGUGAUGGAGCUGGUUGGUGAAUCCCAGAGCACCUUCAGUGACAUGGUGUCAGAGCUCGGCCUAUCAGCUGCCAUGAAGCCAGAGACAGAGUACACGCUAUUGGCUCCCCUCAACCCUGCAUUCUCUGAUGAGGUCAUGUCUAUAGACCAGAGUAUGCUCAAGGUGAUCCUAGAGAACCACAUCCUGAAGUUAAAACAUACGCUGAGUGAACUCUACAAUGGACAACUGCUAGAAACCAUCUCCGGAAAGCUAUUGCGUGUCUUCAUCUACCGCACAGCUGUGUGUAUAGAGAAUGCCUGCAUGGUGCGAGGCAGUAAAGAGGGCAGCAACGGAGCUCUUCAUCUGAUGAGUUCUCUCAUCAAACCAGCUCAGACCACCAUCUACCAACUUCUCAUGUCUGAUGGACGCUUUAAUAUCUUCCUGUCUCUGAUGGAGAGUGCAGGUCUGACAGAGCUGUUGAAACAGGAGGGAUCCUACACCGUGUUCGCCCCAACAGACGAAGCAUUCGACGGUCUCACAGAGCAGGACAUCACCAUGCUCACCAGCGACGUGAACAUCCUGAGGACCAUUCUGCUGUACCACUUCAGCAACGGCGUCUUCAUCAACGGGGGACUGGAGGGAGGGGUCACCAACCUGCUCAAGACCAUCCAGGGACACAACCUGCAAGUGCUGUCUGUGAACAGCUCCAUCAACGUCAACUCGGUGGACGUGCCAGAUAAUGACCUGAUGGCCACCAACGGAGUGAUCCACGUUGUGAAGAACAUUCUCUACCCCGGGGACCUGCCUGUGGGUCGUGAGGACCUGCUGGUGUUGCUGAAAAGACUCAUCAAGUACAUCCAGAUCAAGUAUGUCUCUGGAUUCUCCUACACCGAAAUCCCCCUCACCUUCAUCAAGAGGACAGUCACCACGACAACAACCCACAUCAGAGUAGAAUCAGUGCCUGAAAUCACAACAAUGACCAGAGUGAUUAAAGGAGAGCCAACUGUCACCAAGGUAACAAGGGUCAUCGAUGGCGAACCCACUAUCACCAAGGUUACCAGGGUCAUCGAGGGCGAACCCAUUAUCACCAAGGUUACUCGAGUCGUUGAGGGCGAGCCAACCUUCACCAAGGUGACAAGGGUCAUCGAGGGCGAACCCAUUAUCACCAAGGUUACUAGAGUCGUUGAGGGCGAGCCAACCUUCACCAAGGUGACAAGGGUCAUCGAAACGGAACCCAGUUUAACCAAGGUGGUCAUCGAGGGUGAGCCCACAUUCACUACAGUGACCAGGGUGAUCGAGGGAGAACCAAGCAUCACAAAGGUCACCAGAGUUAUUGAGACUCACAGUGGUUCCUCAGAUGGAGGGCUGGAGACUGAUGGAGACAUUAAGAGGAUUCUGGAAGAAGAGGUGUCUAAGGUAAAGAAGUUUCUGGAGAGUGAGGUUCAUAUUCUCCAGGAGGAAGAGAUCAAGAAACUCAUAGAGGGAGGUGCAACCGGAUACACAACGGUCACCAAGUUCAUCGAGCCUCAGGUCAUUGAGGGCCCAGAUUUCGCUAAGAUCACCACCAUCCACGGCAACCCGGAAAUGAUUGCCCAAGAGUCAGAGAGGAUCACCAAACUAAUCCAAGAUGGAGGCAGUAAGGGUGUCCCAGAUGGAGGCAGUAAGGGUGCCCCGGCCAAAAGAUCUCCAGCUGGUGUUAGGAGGAGGAAGGCAAGGCUGGUGAGACGCCACAACAACCAAAACCCACGUCCGGCCCUGACCCGUCCAAACCAGCUAAGACCAGUCCAGACCAGUCCAAACCAGCUAACACCAGUCCAGACCAGUCCAAACCAGUAGAGACCAGUCCAGUCCAGACCAGUCCAAACCACACCAGCCCUGCAGGAAACCAUUUCCAGAUCAUUAUAAAGGCACAGCAAGGAAGAGAACAACACAACAAGACUUUCUAUGUUCCCUUGAUGGGAAAAGAUGUCUGUUUGAAAAGAUGUCUGUUUGAAAAGAAGUCUGUUUGAAAAGAUGUCUGUUUGAAAAUAUGUCUGUUUGAAAAGAUGUCUGUUUGAAAAGAUGUCUGUUUGAAAAGAUGUCUGUUUGAAAAGAUGUCUGUUUGAAACGAUGUCUGUUUGAAAAGAUGUCUGUUUGAAAAGAUGUCUGUUUGAAAAGAUGUUGAUAAUAAUUUUUUUCAACCAUUUUUGUUCUCUGGGCAGAGGUGAAUAAUGAAUGGUAGAGUGAAACAACUGGACCAAUGGUGUCGGACAUGAUGUGUCUUAACAAUGCUAAGACAAUCGGUUUUCCUACAUGAUGUAUUUUAACAAUGCUAAGACAAUCGGUUUUCCUACAUGAUGUAUUUUAACAAUGCUAAGACAAUCGGUUUUCUUACAUGAUGUAUUUUAACAAUGCUAAGAUAAUCAGUUUUCCUACAUGAUGUAUUUUAACAAUGCUAAGACAAUCGGUUUUCUUACAUGAUGUGUAUUAACAAUGCUAAGAUAAUCGGUUUUCCUACAUGAUGUACUUUAACAAUGCUAAGAUAAUCGGUUUUCCUACAUGAUGUACUUUAACAAUGCUAAGAUAAUCGGUUUUCCUACAUGAUGUACUUUAACAAUGCUAAGACAAUCGGUUUUCCUACAUGAUGUGUCUUAACAAUGCUAAGACAAUCGGUUUUCCUACAUGAUGUGUCUUAACAAUGCUAAGACAAUCGGUUUUCCUACAUGAUGUGUCUUAACAAUGCUAAGACAAUCAGUUUUUCUACAUGAUGUAUUUUAACAACGCUAAGACAAUCAGUUUUCUUACUUGUAAGUAAUAUAUGUAUGCAAGGACAUGUACUUUUAAGAACUUUUAUAAACUUUUACUGUGGUGCAGAUGAGGUAGAAGGUUUGAAAUAAUAUUUCUACAACGGAAAGAUGAUGUUUGUUUUUGUUUUUUUUGCUCAGUUUAGUUUAAAUGAUGGCUUGAUCUGGAAGACUUUUUGUAUGUUUUAUAAUGGUGCUGGCAUUCUGUAUUACGGAUUAAUCUUGACCAAUAGGAAUGAAGCAUUGUGUAUUAUGGAUGCAUCUCAACCAAUAGGAACUAAGCAUACUAUUACAAAUGCAUCUCAACCAAUAGGAACUAAGCAAUACUAAUGCUGUACAUUAUAACAACCAACCAAACAGAAUCCUGUUUCGAUAGUUUAAUUCCGUAUCUGAAUGGACUAUUUUCUGAUUUCCUGUUUUGAUUGGUUGAUCUUUUAGCAAGGCUUCCUGCUGUUAGAACUGUUGCUGUUCAGUUGUACCAUUGUGCCUUUGCAAUCUAUGCACCUUCUUACCUCUGUGUUGUUCUGAAAAGAAAUCUUCAAUAAAAGUUACAGUUGAAUGUGAA